GCCUAGGUCACUAUGUAGCAGGGUUCUCGCAUAGAGUCGUGACACCACGGCUUUUCUUAACAGGAAGCAACUUUAUUCCUGCCGGCACUGCUCAGUUGGGCUUGUACCCGAAGAGCUGAGCUCCGAAUGCCACCCGGUGAGUUGCUCUAUACAGAAGUCUUGUGAGACCACUGUGCAGCAAGGUGAUGAUUAUACAAAGAGUGGUAUUGAAUUCCCGACCGGGAAAAAAUGGUAAUCCAGUGGCAGAAAAUUUCCGAAUAGAAGAAGUAAAUUUACCAGAUAAUAUCAAUGAAGGACAAGUACAAGUGAGAACUCUUUAUCUUUCUGUGGAUCCUUACAUGCGUUGCAGAAUGAAUGAAGACACUGGCAGUGAUUAUAUAACACCUUGGCAGCUGUCUCAAGUGGUUGAUGGUGGAGGUAUUGGGAUUGUAGAAGAAAGCAAACACGUACAUUUUACUAAAGGCGAUUUUGUGACUUCUUUCUAUUGGCCCUGGCAAACCAAGGUUAUUCUGAAUGGAAACAGCCUUGAGAAGGUAGACCCACAGCUUGCGAAUGGACACCUUUCAUACUUUCUUGGAGCUAUAGGUAUGCCUGGUUUGACUUCCUUGAUUGGGAUACAGGAGAAAGGUCAUAUAACUGCUGGAUCUAAUCAGACAAUGGUUGUUAGUGGGGCUGCUGGUGCUUGUGGAUCCUUGGCUGGGCAGAUUGGCAAUUUGAUGGGCUGUUCCAGAGUGGUGGGAAUUUGUGGAACACAGGAGAAGUGCCACCUUCUGACCUCAGAACUUGGCUUUGAUGCUGCAAUUAAUUAUAAAAAGGGGAAUGUGGCAGAACAGCUCCGUGAAUUUUGUCCAGCUGGAGUGGAUGUUUACUUUGACAAUGUUGGUGGUGACAUCAGUGAUACAGUGAUAAGUCAGAUGAAUCAGAACAGCCAUAUCAUCCUGUGUGGUCAGAUUUCUCAGUACAACAAAGAUGUGCCUUAUCCUCCUCCACUACCCCCUGCUGUAGAAGCAAUCCAAAAAGAAAGAAACAUCACAAGAGAAAGAUUUCUGGUGUUAAACUAUAAGGACAAAUUUGAGUCUGGCAUUCUACAGCUGAGUCAGUGGUUUAAAGAAGGAAAGCUAAAGAUUAAAGAGACUGUGGUAAAUGGAUUGGAAAACAUGGGAGUUGCAUUCCAGUCCAUGAUGACAGGAGGUAACAUCGGAAAGCAGAUAGUUUGCAUUUCAGAAGAAACCUCUUUGUAAUAUGUAUAAGCAUCUUCAUCAAGGAAAUACACAGAUUUCUUUCCAUUUUACUCAAAGAUUUUUAAGAUAUUUCAUAAAAAAAAAUCUUAGACUACA